CAGGAAUGCUCGGGGUUGAGUGUUAGCCCGAAAGCUCUGGAAAUUUCCACAAUAUAGUCUUGGAAAACUGCUUGAAGUUCAGCUCGCAGAUAAAAAUGUCUGGUUCGUGAUUUGGCCCGCAUUCCUGAAUUCGCUUCAGAGUCGUUUAUUUAACAUAAAAAAAUCGUUUGUUUUAGAAAACGCAUUCACUUUGCACACUUUAUGUUUAAAAAAUAUCAUACGAGGCAAAUUAUUGACAUUUCUUGGAGAAGUGAAAACUCGCACAAGUCGGUAAAAUAUUGUCUGUGCUGUUUGUUCCACGGUGGUGUUGUUGUUUACGCACGGGUUUGGCUGAGGAUUUUACCGAGACUGAAACCCAGAAGCUGAAGCUUUUCUGCCGAAUCGUGUGUGUCGUGUCGAGCGCGAUGAAAGACGAGUUCACUGAAGAAGAGGACAUCCAGUCGUUUGGAUACAAGAGGUUUGGUUUUCAGGAGGGAACUCAGUGUACUAAGUGCAAGAGUGAGUGGGCGUUGAAGGCUGCUAUAGGCCUGCUCUACAUUCUCUGCAUCUUCCUCACUAUUGCUGUAGCCAUAUUGGGUUACAAAGUGGUUCAGAAAGUGGAUGGUGUUACUAAGGGAAUGCACAAUUAUGAGGGCAAAAUCAAUGCUAUGGAGACAGAUGUAAGAAAGAUAGAUGACGAGUCUGGUAUGAAGUUGAAGAACACUUCCAGUGAGCUGCAGAUGUUUCGUUCUGGGUUAUCAGCGUUGCGUCAAAAGCUAUCUACAGCCUCUGACUCUGUUAACAGCAAUGCUGCUGUCUUGCAGCAGCUCCAAGCCUCAUCGCAAGAUGUGCUUUCGCUGCAGGAAUAUUUGCACUCCCAGCUAAAUGCCCAUGCCAGCGUUCUGCAUUCUGUAAAUGCCACGCUCUUUUCUGUUGCUGCAAACACACCUGUGAUGCAGCAAGACACUGCACGGCUUCAGCACGACUUGCAGACACACAUCAAUGGACAGCGCAUGCUACAGCUUUCCAUUGACCGCCUCAACUUCACUCAAGUGCAGCAGGACACCAUCACAACAGCACUGCAGCAUACAUUGGAAGCAGCAGAUAUGAAUACCCAGAGUGUCUAUAAUGACGUGCUAACUCUACAGCGGGACACAAAGCUAGUGGGCAGCAUUGAGGACUGGAUGAGGGAAAAGAUCCUGAAUCUGGAAAGAGCUGAAUUUAAUGCGUCAGCCCAUGUCCUGGCCACUGCACAGGAACUGGGGGAGGUAAAUACGCAGCUAGCUAGCAUAUCCAGUCAAAUUCUCAACCUUAGCACACUCAACGAUGGUAACGCAGCAAACCUGAGAGAAUUACAGGAACAGCAGCAGGAAUACGGCAGCCGAACAAGCGCUCACUUUGAGCGAGUGGUGGAAAGGCUGAAUGCAGCAGAAGAAAAUGUUGACAGGGUCACGGGGAAUGUGAGCUUUGCAACGUGGAUGCUGGGGGGAGUGAACGGAGGACUCGGUGCUUUGCGGAGCUGCUCGGACACAGUGGGACAACACUCAGAUCUCCUACUGAAUUUAAACAGGACUCUGGCUGAGACACAGGCUGAUGGGUCUGCUCUAAAGGCCAAACAGGAUGAUAUAUCAGCUCGACUAGACAAAGAAGUCAGCAGUCUUUCCAUCAUCAUGGAAGAAAUGAAGCUUGUGGACAGCAAGCACUCCCAGCUCAUCACCAAUUUUACAGUGUUGCAGGGCCCUCCUGGUCCAAGGGGUUCCCGUGGUGAAAAAGGCCCCCCUGGUGCAGUUGGUCCUCCUGGUCAGAAGGGGGAGAGGGGUGCUAAAGGAGUGGCAGGUGUUCUAGGUGCACAGGGAGAAAAAGGAAGCGCUGGCCCUCCUGGUUUUUCAGGUGUUCCAGGCAUGCAGGGGCCUCGUGGAAACCCAGGACCAAAGGGCCCACGAGGGUCAGGAGGCCGUGCAGGACCUCUAGGCACAAAAGGAGAUCCUGGCACACCUGGACUGCCAGGUAGAGAUGGGAUGCCAGGGCCCCUGGGUUCUCAAGGACCACCAGGUAUUCGUGGACCUGUUGGUCCUGUAGGGAACUCAGGACCCAUGGGACCACCAGGGCCUAUGGGACCUCCAGGACCACCAGGGUUGCCAGGCAGAGUUGCACCAGUGCCAGCGAUACCUGUCCCACCAGAAGGUGCUUCACCACUAGUUGCUAUGAGAUCCCUGCCAGGUGGAGUUGGGUGCCCUGCUGACUGGGUAUGGUUCACAAAGAGCUGUUACUUCUUCUCUGCUGAAAAGCUCACUUUUGACAAUGCUCUUCGAAAGUGCAAUGACAUGUCUUCAUCCAUGGUCAUCAUCAAUGAUAAUGAAGAACAGGGUUGGGUACAUCUCCACACAGUUGGUAGAGGCUAUUUCUGGUUGGGAUUGACAGAUCGGCAAAAAGAGAAUGUUUGGCGCUGGGUAGAUGGCUCAGAGCCUACUUUCAAGAAAUGGAGACCUGGUCAGCCUGAUAACUGGAGCCAUGGACAUGAUGAAGGAGAGAACUGUGCAGGCCUUGUUCAUGAAGGCAAGUGGAACGACUUCUACUGCGAUGAGCAGCUAGGUUUCAUCUGCGAGAGAGCAGCAAACAGCUGAAAUCAGUGAAAAUGGAGCAGUGUGGCAACAGUGUGUCCCAGUGAACAGAUAAAUACGGUCAGAUGACCUCGCAACUUGCGUCAGAGACAGAUGACUGUCUUUGACAAGUAGACCUGAUGCAGGUACGACGAAUGAGGAAAGACCAUGUUGUAAAAGUAGUGAGCUGCAGUGUCUGGUACAAGGUGAAUUGUUUCACGUCUGCUGUCCACUCACAUUACAUAAUGGCCUCAUUCCUGGACAGGCAGUUCAUAACCUUUAAGGAGCCAAUAACAUUCAGCUGUGAGCUAAACAGGUGUAAACGAGCAAAUUAUUGUGCAUUUCAGUACUCCAUGGCAUUUUCUACUAUUAUAUGUAUAUAAUAUUGAAUAGUUUUAUUAUACAUUUUUUCCUUGUAUUUUUCAGUGAAUCCUAAUCUGCCAUUUUUUUAUAUAUAUACACAUAUAUAUGCCCCAUUUUGUCCCACUCAUACACGUAAGUUUU